CUUCAAUGGCUUCCAGAUCAGAGGAGGAUCUCUGCUGUCCGGUCUGCCACGACGUCUUCAGAGAUCCCGUCGUCCUGUCGUGCAGCCACAGCUUCUGUAAAGACUGUCUGCAGAGCUGGUGGAGAAAAGAUCCAACACAGGAGUGUCCGAUUUGUAAGAGACGAUCAUCGAAGACUGAACCACCUGUUAGUCUGGUGCUGAAAAACCUGUGUGAGGCCUUCUUGUUGGAGAGAGAUCAGAGAUCUUCAGAGGCUCUCUGCAGUCUGCACUCUGAGAGACUCAAACUCUUCUGCCUGGACCAUCAACAGCCGGUGUGUCUCAUCUGCAGAGAUUCAGAACAACACAGCGACCACAGAUUCAGACCCAUCGAUGAAGCUGCACGACAACACAAGAAGAACCUUCAGGAAACUCUGGAGCCCUUAAAGGAGAAGUUAAAGGUUUUUGAAGAAGUUAAAGUGAAGUUUGAUCAAACAGCAGAACACAUGAAGGUCCAGGCCCGACGCACAGAGAGGCAGAUUAAGGAUCAGUUUAAGAAGCUUCACCAGUUUCUAGAAGAGGAAGAGGAGGCCAGGAUGGCUGCACUGAGGGAGGAAGAGGAGCAGAAGAGUCAGAUGAUGGAGGAGAAGAUGGAGGCUCUGAGCAGAGAGAUAGCAGCUCUUUCAGACACCGUCAGAGCCACAGAGGACGAGCUGAGAGCUGAAGACGUCUCAUUCCUGCACAACUACAAGGCUGCAGUGCAAAGAGUCCAGCAGCGCCCCCUGCUGGAUGAUCCACAGCUGCCCUCAGGAGCUCUGAUAGACGAGGCCAAACACCUGGGCAACCUGACCUUCAACAUCUGGAGCAAGAUGACGGACAUGGUCUCCUACACUCCUGUGGUUCUGGAUCCAAACACUGCUCAUUCAGACCUGAUCCUGUCUGAAGAUCUGACCAGUGUGAGACGAGGAGAGAGACAGAAGCUUCCUAAAAACCCAGAGAGGUUUGAUUCUUAUCGCAUUGUUCUGGGCUCUGAGGGAUUCGACUCAGGGACUCACAGCUGGGAUGUCGAGGUUGGAGACAGUCCAGGAUGGGUUCUAGGUGUGUUAGAAGAGUCUGUUAAGAGGAAGGGAGACACCGGCCUACAGUCUGGAUUAUGGGGGAUAGGGCUCUAUGAAGGUGAAUGCACAACAUGUUCAUUACCCGGUCCAUACACGGUUCUCCCAGCGAAGAAGCUCCAGAGGAUCAGAGUUCAUCUGGACUUUAACAGAGGAACUCUGUCAUUCUCUGACACUGAUACGAACACACACAUACACACCUUCACACACACUUUCACUGAGAAGAUGUUUCCAUUGGUUACUUCUGGGAACAAACUCCCGCUGAAGAUAUUACCAGCGGUCUGUGAUGAUAACGGGUUUGAUGAUGUUGUUAAUUUCAUGGACUGGAGUUACAUUCUCGGGUUAAUAUCCAGUCUGCAACAGUGAAACAAGUUAGUUAAGACGAAGACGACAAUCCAAAAGGUUGUACAUCUGGAAACAUAAAGCAAACCCACAGUUUGUUAUUCUCAGACACACAAAUGAUCUUCU